AUGGUCGACCGUGCGAACCGCCCAUCAGCGCUGAACGCGCCCACCGCGUCUGCACCCGGCCCCCAGGUCGAUAUCGUUGGAGAGGGUGGCAGCCAGAAGGUCGUCGCGAGACUGCCAUCUGGCGAGAGCGUCGAGGUACUGCUCUUUGGAGCCACUGUUACUAGCUGGAAGAGCAGCGGCGGAAAGACUGAGAACCUCUGGUUGAGCGACGCGGCCGAUCUCACUGGCAAGAAGCCUGUACGCGGUGGUAUCCCCGUCGUAUUCCCCGUCUUCGGUCCUCCCCCCAAAGAGGGACACGCCACUUCGUCGCUUCCACAACACGGUUUCGCGCGUGGAUCGCGCUGGGAGUACAUGGGCAAGUCGACUGCGGAGGAUGCUCUCGACUCCAACUCGGUCAAGCUCGACUUUGGCCUCGACCGCCAGUCGCUCAGCGAGGAGUCGCGCAAGGCAUGGCCACUGGACUUUGGCCUCGUAUACAGCGUCACACUGAGCAAGGACAGCCUACAGGCCGUUCUCACCGUCCGCAACGAGGGCGAGGAGAGCUUCGAGUUCCAGUUCCUGCUCCACACCUACUUCAGGAUCCAGGACGUGUCCAAGAUCGCUAUCACCGGCCUUUCUGGCACCGAGUACGUCGACAAGGUGCUCAACGCCUCUACCCACACCCAGAGCGACAACCAGCUCAAGAUCACCGGCGAGACAGAUCGCGUAUACAAGGACAUCAAGCAGGACACGACAUCGAUUACCGAAGACGGCAAGCCUCGCUUUGACGUCAUCCGCGACAACGUCAAGGACACCGUUACCUGGAACCCGUGGAUCGAGAAGGCCAAGGCCAUGGGCGACUUCUCGCCCGACGACGGCUACAAGAACAUGGUCUGCGUCGAGAUCGGUGCCGUGGACGGCUGGCAGAGGCUGGAGAAGGGCGAGGUCUGGGAGGGUGGCAUGUUGGUUAAGAGCCACUUGUAG